CGUGUCGGACUGGAUGGGAGGGCGCAGCAGCCUCAGUACCAGGCAGUGCUCUUCCCUCCGUCAGCUACGGACUGGAUAGAUAGAGACAGAGGAGGAGGCUGCUACAUGCUGCCGCCGCUCCUGACGCUGCUCCUGCCUUUGUCGUAGAAGGAUCUCUCUCUUUUUUUCUCCAUCGAGGGCUGUACUUGAGUCAGCGGGAUAUUCUUUUUUUUUUUUUAAUUUUUAAAUUUCUUUUUUUCUCUCCCUUUCUUUUCACGGAUUCGGAGGGAAUUAAGCAUUCACGGGCGUCCAAAUGUGUUCCUUACACGAGGGCAGCGGUCUGCUUCUGCUGCUGGUCUUGGCAGGACUGCAGAUUGCAGCAGAGGGCAGGGGUGCCCCACCAUGCAGGCCAGGCUUCUCUGAAGAUGUAUACAAGGUUGUGGUGCCAGAUAUCACCGAGAAAGGACAGCCCCUUUUUAACGUGAGGUUUGUCAGCUGUGGCCGUGGUGGUCUGAUGCAGUUUGAAUGCAGCAACCCAUCUGACUUUCGGAUAGAGGCCAACGGAGUCCUCUAUGCUGCCAGGACUCUUCAGCGCUCCACACUCCCUGUGUCACCUUUGCUGAUCACGGCGAGUGACGCCGCCACUCAGCAGCAAUGGGUGGCCCAAGUCACGCUGGUGCCCAGGCAGCAGGUGCAGGAAGGCGCUGUCCCUCCAGUCAUGUCCAAGGAUUUAAAGGAAAUAGCAUUUCCACCACGAAACAUGGACAGCCAGCUGAAACGCAUGAAGAGAGACUGGGUCAUCCCCCCAAUCAAUGUCCCAGAGAACUCACGAGGCCCAUUCCCACAAGAGCUUGUCCGGAUCCGAUCAGAUCAUGAUAAAAACCGAUCCCUGCGAUACAGCGUGACAGGCCCUGGUGCUGACCAGCCUCCCACUGGAAUCUUCAUCAUCGACCCAAUUUCCGGAGAGCUGUCUGUCAACAAGCCCCUUGAUCGGGAGCACAUCUCCAGCUUCCAUCUAAGAGCUCAUGCAGUAGACCUGAAUGGAAACCAAGUUGAAAACCCUAUUGAUAUUGUGAUCAAUGUGAUCGACAUGAAUGACAACAGACCCGAGUUCACCCAUCAGAUCUGGAAUGGCACCGUUCCAGAGGGUUCCAAGCCAGGAUCAUUUGUUAUGACAGUGACGGCUGUUGACAAAGAUGACCCCAAAACAGCCAAUGGGAUGCUACGUUACAAGAUCUUGUCUCAGAAUCCCGAGAGUCCAACCUCCAAUAUGUUCACCAUCAACAACAAAACCGGAGGCAUCAUUACAGUGGCAGCAGGCCUGGACAGAGAGAAAGUGCCACAGUACACACUGAUAAUCCAGGCCAGUGACAUGGAGGGCAAUCCCAUGUAUGGCCUCUCUAACACGGCCACGGCUGUCAUCAGAGUCACUGACAUUAACGACAACCCACCAGAGUUUACUGCUGAGACGUUUUUCGGCGAGGUGCCUGAAAACCGCGUGAAUGUCAUUGUGGCUAACCUGACAGUGACUGACAAGGACCAGCCCAACACGCCGGCCUGGAAUGCUGUCUACAAAAUCACCGGGGGCGACCCCACCGGCAGGUUCUCCGUGCCCACUGAUCCAACCACUAAUGAGGGCUUGGUAACAGUCGUCAAGCCUAUUGAUUAUGAAACCAGCAGGACGUAUGUGCUGACAGUGGAAGCGAGGAAUGAAGUUCCCCUGGCCAAAGGCAUCCACACUCCCCGACAGUCCACUGCCACCGUCUCCAUCAGAGUGAUAGAUGUCAAUGAGAGUCCUUACUUUGAGCCCAACCCCAAAUUCGUUAGGCUUGAAGAGGGAAUGAUGCCACAGUCAACACUGACCACUUUCAGUGCACAGGAUCCUGAUCGCUUCAUGCAGCAAACCAUCAGGUACUCCAAACUCUCAGAUCCAGCCAACUGGUUAAGGAUCGACACAAACACCGGCCGGAUCACAACGAUUGCCAUUUUGGACCGAGAAUCACCUUACGUGAAGAACAAUCUGUACAAUGCAACAUUCCUGGCUACUGACAAUGGUAUACCGCCAGCAAGUGGCACAGGAACUCUCCAAAUCUUCCUACUGGAUAUCAAUGACAAUGCUCCCCGGGUGUCCCCUCAGGAGGUGGAAAUAUGUGAAAAGCCAGACCCGAAUGCCAUCAACAUCACUGCAUUUGAUGGAGACCUGAGCCCAAAUGCUGGGCCAUUCGCCUUUGAGUUAGCCAACAGGCCCGCUGAUGUUCGGAGAAACUGGACCAUAACAAGAAUCAGCGGUGACUAUGCUCAGGUGAGCCUGAAGAUUGGCUUCCUUGAAAGUGGUAUCUAUGAGAUCCCCAUCAUAAUCACGGACUCAGGCAACCUGCCCAUGUCUAACACCUCCUACCUGCGGAUUAAAGUGUGCCAGUGCGACAUCAACGGAGACUGCACUGACCAGCAGCACAUCAUGGCUGCCGGCCUAGGCACAGGCGCCAUCAUCUCCAUUCUGCUCUGCAUCAUCAUCCUCCUCAUUCUCGUGCUGAUGUUUGUGGUGUGGAUGAAGCGUCGUGAUAAAGAACGUCAGGCUAAGCAGCUCCUUAUCGAUCCUGAGGAUGACGUGAGAGACAACAUCCUGAAGUAUGAUGAAGAAGGUGGAGGAGAAGAGGAUCAGGAUUAUGACCUGAGUCAGCUCCAGCAGCCGGACACGAUAGAGCCCGAUGCCAUCAAGCCGGUGGGAAUCCGCCGUCUAGACGAGAGGCCCCUCCACCCUGAGCCACAGUACCCAAUGAGGUCGGCAGCACCCCACCCCGGAGACAUCGGAGACUUCAUCAAUGAGGGACUCAAGGCAGCAGACAAUGACCCCACCGCUCCUCCCUACGACUCCCUGCUAGUGUUCGACUACGAGGGCAGCGGCUCCACAGCUGGCUCCCUAAGCUCCCUCAACUCCUCCAGCAGCGGGGGCGACCAGGACUACGAUUACCUCAACGACUGGGGCCCUCGCUUUAGAAAACUGGCAGACAUGUACGGUGGAAGUGACGACUAGGACACACAGUCACGCCCUGAAGGAUAUAAAGAUGAGAGAGAAAAAAAAUGAAGAAAAGGAAAGAUUUCCUGUUGAUGGACAUGGACAGCUGAUAUUCCCUGAGAGAGAGAAAGGUAGAACCAUGACAGAAAAUAAACAAAAAAAUAAACAUUGAUUCAGAAUUUUUUUCAAAAAACAACCAACCUAGGCUUAUUGUUGUAGUCUACGCAUACAUAUGCUUGUUGAAAGCUUAGGCAUAGACUGUGGUCCAGUUACGGAGGAAGUGGGAGGGAACACUGGUGGACUGUCACCAUUCAGAUUGUUGGUAUUGAAUGCGCUCAGUUACACUUGAAUUUCACAGUACAGAAGCACUGGGAUAUAAUGUGCCUUUUUGUACAUUUUUUUGGAUCUAAAUGAUUAGUUUUAUGUUCAAGGCUUUAAUGGUACUGACUUUUGGAGUGAUUUCAAACAAAGUAUGUUACACUCUGGUAUGCUUCUACAUGCUUUUUUUUUUUCUCCUUUGGUUACAAAAUGCUCCUGUUUGUUGAGGAUUAUUUAAAUGAACCACAACGAUGAAGAAAUGAAGGAUCAUUUGUUAGUUUGGUUGGAAAAGAAAAACAGUUACGAGCAACACUGUACAGUAUGCUAGACAUCUAGACUUUCUCACUAAAAAAACACAAAAAAAAUAAAAAAAAUUAUGCAGCUGGUUGCAAAUAAAGGGAGUUAUGAAUCAUACUUUUGUAGCAGCUUUUUGUUCUCCUUUUUUGAAGUGAUGUAGUGUUUUACAAAAACAACAAAAAACUUUUUUGGUCUAAUCUAUGUACACUUCAUUUGCCUUAGUCAUCAUCUGGUAUUUUCAAGUUUUACUUCACUGUAAAAAGAUAAGAUAAUGUGUACAUAAUGUUUUUUUUUUCUUUAUCCUUUCUUUUGAUGUAGUAUAUGAAGAAGUGCAAAAAGUUCCAAACUUGUAAAUGUAUAAUUUGAACUACAAAUUCAAGUUUUUUGCAUGUUUUUAUCUUUUCAUGACAACAGAAAGGAAAAAAAAAUUGUUGUUUCCCAAAUUUAUUUACAAAGUGGAAAGAAAAAAAAAAAUAAAAAUCUGGGUGACAUUAAAUGUGUAGAAGUUAAGAGAGUUUUUUGUAAGAAAAAAAAGAAAAAAAAACCACACACUUAAAAAAAAAAAAGAAAUUAAAGUAGUGAUCUUGUCAGCACAACUGUUGAAUUUGUACCAAAAAGGGUUGGGGGUGGGGGUGGGAUGUUAUGCUCGGCACUAAUUACGGAAUCAGCUUUAAGACUGGAAAAAGGUGUUGGACUUAAGCUUUGUGGAUAACCAUGUGUACUGGAACACAAAUUAUACAUCUCUGACCCCAACCUUCCAAAUAAAAUGCUAAUUUUGGAGCUAAAAA